CGAUGAGUGCCGCUCAAUACGCUCGGCUUGUGCCGAAAAAGUAUCGUUCCAAGACCCUUCCGAAGAUCGACCGCCCGUGGAGGCCACGUGUCAUCGCGUGGGCCGGACCGGCGGCCUUCUACCCGAACAGAUUCUACGAGGUCGACAAAUGGUACAAAGCGCGCAUCGAUAAGCCGGAAAAGCUUCCAGAAAUGCACAUUAUUGAGCCAGCCGAGCACAUGAAGUCGUUGAAGGUGUUAAUGCAAAAAUCUGAAAUCGAGCAAAUCAAUAUUGGAUUCAAACGGCGUGAGGUGGCGGGAAAAGCUGAAAAAUCGGCAGAAGAUCGUAUAGAAUUGGAGAGAAAAUCACGACAUAUGCAAUUAAAAAUCGACAUUGACCAUCUGGACGUGGAAAAUCUCUCGAUCUACCGUCAUUUCCAAGUCUUUGACCAUCUUUUCGGCGAUAAUAUUUUCUUUGAAAACGUCCAAAAUCUUCAAGUUAACUUUGAGAACGACAUUGUAGUUCACAGUGGAAAUGUGAUCACCGCCAAUUCUACACUGAAAAGACCAGAAAUCACGAUUGAAAGUGUCGGAAAUGGCGGCGGUUUUAACACACUUUUAAUGAUAAAUCUCGAUGGAAAUGCGUUGGAUUUGGGGAAAAAUGGAGAAAUUGUUCAAUGGAUGAUAUCGAAUAUUCCUGAUGGAGAAGCUAUUAGCGCUGGAAGCGAAAUUAUCGAUUAUCUACAACCUCUGCCAUUUUAUGGAACAGGAUAUCAUCGAGUGGCUUUUGUGCUUUUUAGACACGAAAAACCCGUGGAUUUUCAGAUUCAGGGAAACUCCCUGGACACCCGAAUCCAUGAAAUCUCGAAAUUCUACAAAAAACACGAGGCCACAAUCACGCCGUCGGCAAUCCGUUUCUUCCAAACUUCCUACGACAAUAGUGUCAAAAUGGCUCUUCACGGGCUCGGAAUGACGUCACCACUCUACGAAUAUGAGCACAGACCGGCUCUGAAGCCGGCUCAACGAGAAUUUCCCGAAAAACCGCAGCCAUUCGAUUUGUAUUUGGAUAUGUAUCGAGAUCCGAAAGAAGUCGAGCAAGAGAUGCUUGAAAAAAGAUUGGCAGAAGUGAAAUUGGAUUAUGUUAAGGAACCAAAAUGGGUGGACACUGACUACGUGGAGAACAAGAAGAAGCUGCCGGCUUGGCUUCAUGCCAAGAAGCUGGAACGUGACGGAGUCGGCCACGCCAAGUAUCAUAAUGAUUUGUAAUUGUGUAGAGAGAGAAGAUAGUUUUAGUGUGUGUGUUGUUUCUGUUGGAUUUGUUAUUAUUCUCUUUAAAAUUAAAAUUUUGAACUUG